GUUGGGUGCCACAAGGAAGAACAACUAGCCUACCUCUUGCAUAAUCAGUUUUGUUUCCCUUGAAGUGUGAAAGAAAUCACAGCAGUCACACAGCAGACGACAGAACACAUCGAGCCCUAUUUAUUUUCAGGGAUUUAAAGAACAUUGUUAUUGACAUCCAAGUCAGCGGUAAAAAUGGGGGAUAGCAGCUGUCUGUCCCAGCACUAUGAGGAGCAGGUGCGGCCUUGCAUUGACCUGGUGGACUCCCUGAGGUCUCUGGGAGUGGAGCAGGACCUGGCUCUGCCUGCCAUCGCUGUCAUAGGCGACCAGAGCUCAGGGAAGAGCUCAGUGCUGGAAGCCCUCUCUGGGGUGGCACUGCCCAGGGGCACAGGUAUUGUGACACGCUGUCCACUGGUGCUGGAGUUGAAGAGAGUUAGCCAUGGCACUGCUUGGUCUGGGCUGCUUUCAUACGAGGGACACUCAAAAAAUCCAGUGGAACUCCGAAAACCAGAAGAGGUUGGAGAUGCAGUCAUGAGAGCCCAGAAUCAUCUUGCAGGUGAGGGCAGAGACAUCAGUGACAAGAGAAUCCACCUGGAGAUCAAUGCCACCAAUGUCCCUGAUCUGACUCUCAUUGAUCUACCAGGCAUCGCUAGAGUCGCCACAGUCGACCAGUCUGAUGAUAUUGAAGAAAAGAUUAAGAAACUAAUAGAGAAAUACAUGAAAAAGCAAGAGACCAUCAACUUGGUUGUGAUACCUGCAAAUGUUGACAUCGCCACCACUGAGGCUCUCAGGAUGGCUAGGAAGGUGGAUCCUGAUGGACAAAGGACGCUGGGCAUCCUGACGAAACCUGACCUGGUGGACAGAGGUGGAGAGGAGGGCGUAGUGAACACCCUCAACAACCAGGUCAUCAGGCUGGAGAAAGGAUUCAUGAUGGUGAGAUGUCGUGGUCAGCAAGACAUCAAUGACGACAUGUCUCUGGAGAAAGCUCUUAAGAAAGAGAAGGAGUUCUUCUCAAAUCACAAGCACUUUCGCAUUUUCCUGGAUGAAAGGAAAGCCUCUAUCUCCUACCUGUCGGAGAGAUUAACCAAGGAACUGGUGUAUCACAUCAGCAGGUCCCUUCCACUGCUGGAGAAACAGGUAACCGACAAACUGGAGCAGAUAUCUGCACAGCUGAGGAUGCUGGGAGAUGGAAUCCCUGAAGAUGAAGGUGGCAGAGUUAAAUUCCUCAUUCGGAAAAUUGACGAAUUUAACCAGGUUCUCACAGACGUGGUCAAAGCAGAGGAGGAUCUAGGAGAUUCCGACACCCGGGUUUUCACAAAAAUUCGGAACUUAUUUAGUGUUUGGAAGGCAGAACUUGAUGAAAAAGACAGACGACUAAGACAGAAAAUAGAUGCAACAGCCAUGAAAGAAUAUGCUAAAAGUCACAGAGGAAAAGAGCUGCCAGGCUUUCUCAACUACAGGAUAUUUGAGGACCUUGUCAAGGGGCAUGUGAAAGAAUUAGAGUUCCCAGCAUUAGGACUUCUGCAGAGUUGUAAAGAUGUCAUUUACACCAAUGUGAAUGAGAUCACCAAGAGCUUCUUUGAGAUGUAUCCCUACCUGAUGAGGGAAGCCAAGCAUAACCUGGAGAGCCUGAGGGAUCAGGAAUACAAGAGGGCAGAGGAGAAACUGAAGUCACAGUUUGCCAUGGAGAGAAUGGUCUACUCAGAAGACGGCCUGUACAUUGAAAAAUUCUUAGCUGUCAAAUCAGAAAUGGAGUCGGACAGGAAACAUUCCGAUUUUGAUGGGACGACUCAACAUCUGAGAGCCUACCUUAAAAUAACUACAGAUCGUUUAGCCAAUCAGGUGCCCCUGAUCGUGCUUCAUCACAUGCUGGACCAGUACAUUGCGAAGAUGAAGGAGGCCAUGUUGGGCAUAAUACGCCACAAGGACUUUGAGAAGUUUACAGAGGAGAAGUCUGAAAUUGCCCAGCAGAGGAGCUACCUCCACAGCAGAAUGGAACGCCUUGAGAGGGCCAGAGAAGCUCUCAUCAAAUUUGUACCAGUUUAAAUAUGCAGUGGGUCUAAGAGGGUAUAUCUUGUCCAUCUCUCUCUCUCUCUCUCUCUCUCUCUCUCUCUCUCUCUCUCUCUCUCUCUCUCUCUCUCUCUGUCCCUCUCUCUCUCUCUCUCGUUCUUGACAUUCUGUAAUCAAGAAAUGCAAAGCAGUUCAUAUUUUGAAAGAUGUUCAGUACAAUGCAAAUGCUUACUAGCAUGUUUCUGGACUGCAUAUGCUUAUACAUAUUCCUAUAUAUAUAUAAAAAACUUUUUUUCAUUUUAAGAAAACAGCUUCUAAAGCUCAGCAGUCAAUUUGACUUGUAAUUGCUGUUUGUGGUGGUUGGUUUGUAUAUCUGGUUAUGGAUGAUCCUUUCUGAAAGCUGUCCUCACCAUAGUACUGAGUCAAGAGGGGGGAACAAUGAUGCAGGUGGAGUUAGGAGGAUUGGAGGUUGCGAGAGGAAGUGUCAAUGUGGAGAAUAUAUGGACAGAUAUGGAGGGACACACGGUUGUGAAUAUAAACAUGACGGAAUAUACCCCAUGUACAAGCAGAUCUCAUGACCCCUUUCAAUUUAAAUACAGUAAGACUCCUCAAGGACCCUCCUUACUUGGGUUUUAUUUUUUUUUUAAUUUUUUUUUAAAGUCCUACUUUAUACAUCAUUGCAACAUCCCUCUUUGUAAACCAGGGCAGUCAUGGGUUAAAGGUUAGGAUGUCAGGCUUGUUGCCCAGCUUGUAGUUUUGCAUAUAUUUUACUCUUUAUAAGGAAGUAAAUUACCAUUUUUUUCAGUGCGAAGGUCGUGGUUCGAUUCCUGACCCGCCAGAUUGGUGGAGGAGUAAUUAACUCAUUCCCUGCCAGCUAUUUUUAAAACAAGAGCCCCAUGUUGCCAUGAGUUUUGAAGUACUAAUACAUUUAAUCACAGUUCUGAUGUAGCCCCUUAAUGCACACCGUACCUCCAAUGGCACGUUGUAAUAGACAUUGAUAUGUUAACUACCAUAGUACUACAAUACUAUGACAUAACACAUGGCCUUUUUGAAGGCUUUUUGCUUUCAUCAAAUAUCAAAUGCUUUGUACAUGUCUCAAAUGUUUAGUACAUCUCUGCAGAUGGCUAUGUACAGAUACCCUACAGUCAGAGGUGGAAGAAGUACUGAAGUUGUGUACUUAAGUAAAAGUAGAAGUACCCUGCGAAAAAAUUACUCAAGUGAAAGUAAAAGUUGUUUCCCAAAAACGUACUUAAGUAAAAGUCCUAAGUACUAACUUUUAAAUGUACUUUUCAGUACAAAAGUACAAGUAGGCCUACUCACGCAAUGGCUGUCUUUUUCCAUGUCUACCUACUUGAUCCAAUAGGAAAAAGUGUCUGCAACGGUUUUCGGUUCUAUUUGAACAUGACUAUGGAGUCCUGUUAAUGUUUUUAAAAGUAUAUUUUCUGUCUGGGUGUCAAUUUGGAAGAGGGGCUUGGUCCCGCCUCCCUGCCCGCAGCUGAGGCUACUGAAAUAUCCACGAAACACAACAGGAAAACCUAGGAUAAAUGUAACUAGUAACAAAGUCUUCUCCUAGAAAUGUAAGGAGUAGAAAGUACAAGUAAUUGUCAAAAAAUGUAAUUGAGUAAAAGUAAAAGUCUGCAUUUUUAUUUUUACUCAAGUAAGUACAAAUUCCAGAAAAAACUACUUAAGUACAGUAACGAAGUAAAAAUACUUAGUUACGUUCCACCUCUGCCUACAGUUGACACAUUGAGCAUACAUUUAGCACAUUUUCCAAAUAAAUUGGCCUUGCUUACCUAAAAGAAUUAGACAAUUCUCAGUGUAAUGGUUGUCUAACGCUUUGCAGUGCUUUGAUCCAUUUUCGGAAUUCAUAUGAAAAAGAUGAAAAAUGGGUUCAAAACUUCAAUUUUCAAAUGGCCAGACAACUCAGAAAACAGAAAAUUGACGUUGUUUGUUCAUGUCAUUGUAAUUUGUCGGUGCUCUUUGAAAGAGAAAAUAUGUGAAUUUGAAACCAAAGUAAAAUGAGUCAAUAUUUCAAAUUUCAAUUUCUGCGUCGUGGUUGGACACAAUUGUCAAAACAGUCAAGGACAUAAUAUUUUAAGAAUUUUAUUACAGUUUUUCUCAAUUGGUUUUGUACAUUUCUCGAAUCUCUCUCGCAAUUUGCAAAACAUAAUAUUCAUUCUCAAAACAUCUUUAACAAAUGGCAAAACACCGUGGAUGACCUGCAAAACCGCGUCUCUUACUCCCUAAACCUUUAGUUUAUCUUUCAAAACCAAGUUUUUGUGUCAAUGAACGCGUCAGUGCCAGCAGAAUGGUUAGUUGUUGUAUCAUAGUGUAUGGACAAGCAAGUCAAAUCGAUUUACCAUGUUGUCAAUGGACUAGUACACUCUUGAGGAUCUUUUCUGAAGCUAAAUGUUAUUUAGAUUGGAUGGAAAAUGUUGGAAAUUCGACUUUUUAUUACAUUGAUCAAAUAAGAUUGUAGAUAUACAUUUAGAGUAUGACCUAUUUAUUGACAGGUUUUCUCAUAGCAAAAUAGAAAAAAUAGCCAACUCUGGUUGAGGUGUCAAAGUGCGCCCUCUACCACCCGUUUUUAUUUGUCUUGCAGGCCCAUCUGAAAAAAAAUAUAGAACUGUAAAGCAAAAUAAAUUUGAAACAAUACACCUACACUGUAUAGAGUGUUGCAUAAAGUGUUGUGAAAUUCUAGGGAAAUAUUGUAAUUUUGUGUGGAGCAUAAUUAUAAAGGGUACAUGAAGCAUAGAGCAAUGUAAUGCAGUAGGGUCAAAGACGUGCAAAAUGGCAUUGUCAUUCAGUUUAACGGAUACCUUCUGCUGACUGUAACGGUAAAAAAACAUGAUUUUUAAAUUGUUUCAAGUGAAUGGAUGACAGCCGAGGCUUUCAUGAAUUCACUGGGAAAAAAUGAAAUAAAAAGAGUAAUGUUUUUUACAGUUACAGUCAGCAGAAGGUAUCCGUUACACUGAAUGACAAUUUCAUUUUGCACGUCUUUGAUCCAGUAUAGUGCCUACUGUUGUAUUGCAUGCCUGUUUUCUCUUUCCCUUCUACUGCUUUUGAUUAGAGAGAGUCAAUAUUUACCAAUUCAGAUCACAUUUAUAGACAAAAAUCCAAUGGAAAUUAUACAGUGCUCAACAAAUUAUGGCAGCUUGGUAAAUCAUUUUGCAUGUCAAGACUUAUACUAUGACAUAGGGCCUAAAUGUUUUGGGGUUUGAGAUAGUUUUGUGUAUUCAGUGACAAUGCUUUUUGAGUGAUAUGACAAAAGCAAUUAAUAAUGUACGAAAAAGCUGAGAAUUGUACACAACCAUCUGCAUGGUGAUGAAAGCAUUUGCUAACUGCUGAAAACUAUGAGAAACGUAUUUUACCUUGUGCACAGAUAACAGCAGGAAGUCACAAUUGAACAAGAAGUUCUGAGAAUGAUUAUUCUGUUGUGUGAAAUGUACAAAGCCAAUUGAGAAAUACUGUAAACAGUAAACAGGUUUGUAGAAAAUGAUUUUACAACCAUGUAUGCUACAAUUUCCUGUGUUAUUUGGCUAAUUUCCAUCCACAUUUUUCCAAACGACAUUCUGUUUUGAACAAGCUAGUUGUUUUGGGAUUUGUCCAUGUUAUUUUGAGAAUGUUAUGUCUGUUUUGAGAAAUGCCAAACCCAUGAGAAACCUGUAUUAUAUGGGCAUUACUUUCUGUAUAUGAAUCUACAGUAAAGAAAGUUACUGAUAAAUGUCUUUGGUAAAUUGUCAGUGUUGUCAAACUUCAAUGGUUUCACUCACUUUUUCACUUUUAUACAUAGUCAAAAUCUGAUAGCUGAACGUAGACAAAACAUCUAACAGUUUUGACUUGCAGUGCUUACACAAUGGCAAAGGGACAAUGUAUUUUAGGGGUACUGAUGAUAUAUGUGGGGAAGGAAUUUAGAUUUGACACACGGGUAAACUAUUUUUGGAGUGAUAUGAGCAAAUGAUGAGGAUCCAUGUUGUUAUGCUGAACCAUCCAGUUUAGUUUGACGCGAAGGACUAAAUGAAUGCAAAUGAGCCAAAGCAAUUGAGAAGGAUCUAUGCCAUUUUGAUGGUACUGACCAUUUAUGUGGGAGAAGGUCUAGUGCUGAUUCAAGAAUGAGCUGUUUUGGGAGGUACAGUAUAUGACAUUUUGCUAGUUAUCUGAACUGUAACAAACCAGUAGAACCAGUAAAUCGAGAGUGGCAAACAUUUAUUUUAACAGGAUAUAGAGUAGACAGAUAUGUUGCACAUUUUCUUGUUUUAUUGAUGAGUUCAGGAAUAUGCAGGUUUGAGGAAGGAUUAUGAAUUACACAAAUUCAACUUGACAUAGGUGAAUUGCUCCUUUCUGAGCUAAGCGGUGUUGGGCCUACGGAGACUGGAUAUCAAUCUGUAAGUCCUCUCACAUGUAAGGUACUGUACGCUUCUGAAAAGCACAUUAAACACUAUAAUUGUGCUGUAUAAUCAACUAAAACCAAUUCUGUAAAAAAAAAAAAAAACACCAUUAAAUCAUGUUGGCUAUGGGAUAUUUAUAUUUCUUCAGCCAUUUCAUUCGUGUUCAUUUAUUUUUCAUGAGUACAUGAGCUGAACAUGGCUAGUUUCCAAAUAGAGGGACUAUUCCGCCCUCUACUGUGUGGUAGUAGAAUUUGCUUUCUCUGUGAGGGAACAUUCUAUGAAUCGAGUCUAGACAUGACUCUAAAAAUAAUUUCCGAUUGGUGAUGGUCUACUACUCUUAAUGAUUGAUAUAACCAAAGAUGAUGUCAAAUAUUCAACCAUGCUUAAUAACUGCCAGGUGUCUCUGUUAACCACAAUGGAAAACUGCUCUCAACUUAUUUAAGGGGCCAUACAAUACUAAAAUGUAGAGCAGUAAGUGUAGUUUACUUUGUCCUCUAAUGUUCAAAUAAACUGUAUUCCACAUGUAACUGUACAAGCAAUAUCAUAAUCACACACAGGCCAAACACUGCACAUUAGAUUUGGAUUAAGCUGGACAAUUUAAGGUAAAUGCUGCCCUCUAUUGGCAAUCACGGUGACAUCACAUGACACAUAGCAACAUUAGUUGGCAGAGUUGUAUAAAGUAAAAGUAGAAUUACAGAUGUAAUAGCAGAACUAGGUGGAAUGAUAUUACAUGGUUUCACCUUCGUAAUAUUAUAAUAGUAGUGUUGUAAUUACAUAUGCAAGAGUACUUCUACUUCUACAACUCUGCUCAGAGGGCCCAUUAAUAAUGGCCGUAAGCCUUCUUGGGAAACUCCAAUCAUCAUUUAGCAUUCCAGAGCACACACAGCGCUCCAUAGCACACAACAAAAUUGCAUUUAUGCCUCACCCGUGCAGGGCAGCACCAAUGUGUGGUGGGACAGUAUCAUGCUCAGGGUACCUCAGUCACGGAGGAGGAUGAGGGAAAGCACUGGGUAAGUCAUCACUCAGUGCUAGUGACGGCUCUAGACGCGAAUUACUGUACAUUUUGUUUUUGGCGACCCUCUCUACAACUUCGCGUAAAAAUGUCAGAUUUCUACACAUACAGUACACAAACUCAUUUAACCCGUUAAGACGCGGUGCUAUAAAUUUGCUGUUAACAGAAUGGCAAUGACCAAGUCGUAGUGCAUUACUAAAGGCCCUGUGUUAUGUCAUAGUAUUGUAGUACUAUGGUAGUUAACAUAUCAAUGUCUAUUACAACGUGCCACUGGAGGUACGGUGUGCAUUAAGGGGCUACAUCAGAACUGUGAUUAAGUGUAUUUGUACUUCAAAAUUCAUGGCAACAUGGGGCUCUUGUUUUGAAAAUAGCUGGCAGGGAAUGAGUUAAUUACUCCUCCUAAAGUAGGAGUUUAAAGUCCUAAAGUAGGACUUUAAAAAAAAAAAAACUAAAACCCAAGUAAGGAGGGUCCUUGAGGAGUCUUACUGUAUUUAAAUUGAAAGGGGUCAUGAGAUCUGCUUGUACAUGGGGUAUAUUCCGUCAAGUUUACAUGCACAACCGUGUGUCCCUCCAUAUCUGUCUAUAUCUUCUCCACAUUGACACUUCCUCUCGCAGCCUCCAAUCCUAACUCCACCUGCAUCAUUGUUCCCUCCUCUUGACUCAGUACUAUGGUGAGGACAGCUUUCAGAAAGGAUCAUCCAUAACCAGAUAUACAAACCAACCACCAAAAACAGCAAUUACAAGUCAAAUCGACUGCUGAGCUUUAGAAGCUGUUUUCUUAAAAUGAAAAAAAAGUUUUUUUUACAAACCCCAACUCCG